AAAAAGUGCAGAACGGGAGGAGGAACUCAGACCCCAUCUCCAAGCAAGAGAUCGUCUUAACGCUGGGGAAGGGGGAGUGUGAGUGAGAGCAGCAUAAUGGGCUCCUGGUGGUCGCCGGCGUCGGUGGAACCGCGGUCGGUGCAGCUGCUGCUUCUGGGCGUCGCCCUCGUCGCCGCCUCCUUCUACGCGGGCACCCUGUUCCAGUCCUCCGCCUCCCCCGCGCUCAUAUUACCCCCUCCCGGCUCCCGGUCGCGGGAUUCUUCCAAUCCCCAAGAUGCUCCAGAAUUUGCAAACAGAGUUAUUGUUACUUAUCGCACAACACCAAUCUCAGUUCCAGAUCAUGGACUUGAUGUGUGUCCUUUGGAAUACAAUGAGUAUGUUCCCUGUCAUGAUGCAGCCUAUGUAAGCAAAUUAAGCAACUUGGAUAGAACUAGACAUGAAGAUCUUGAAGAUAUUUGCCCUCCACAAGAGAAACGUUUGUUCUGUUUGGUGCCCCCACCAAAUGAUUACAAGAUACCGAUAAGAUGGCCAACAAGUCGGGACUACGUAUGGCGUAGUAAUGUGAACCAUUCACGUCUUUCUGAGGUAAAAGGAGGGCAGAAUUGGGUGCAUGAGCAUGGUAAGCUUUGGUGGUUUCCUGGAGGUGGUACGCACUUCAAACAUGGUGCAUUAGAAUACAUAGAGAGGUUAGGAAAUAUGACAACAAAUAGUACUGGGGAUCUCAGUUCAGCGGGGGUAGUUCAAGUUUUGGAUGUUGGAUGUGGUGUUGCCAGCUUUUCUGCUUAUCUUCUUUCCCUAGACAUUCAUACUAUGUCAUUUGCCCCAAAAGAUGGCCAUGAGAAUCAAAUCCAGUUUGCUUUAGAACGUGGGAUUGGUGCAAUGAUCUCUGUGUUGGCCACGAAACAAUUACCCUAUCCUGGAAAUUCAUUUGAAAUGGUUCAUUGUUCCCGAUGCCGUGUUGACUGGCACGAAAAUGAUGGAAUAUUGCUCAAAGAGGUCGAUCGUCUUCUGCGACCUAAUGGAUAUUUCGUAUACUCUGCUCCACCAGCUUAUAGAAAAGAUAAAGAUUUCCCUGUUAUCUGGGAGAAGCUAAUUAAUAUCACAACAGCAAUGUGUUGGAAGCUUAUUGCUAAACAUGUUCAGACUGCUAUAUGGCUCAAGCCUGAAGAUGAAUCUUGCCGACAGAAAAAUGCUGAUACGAAACUCCUGAAUAUCUGUGAUCCCAAUGUUAGUUCUUCCUCAUCGUGGAAAGCCCCGUUGUUGAACUGUGUGAGGUUUAACAAGGAUCAAUCGAAAAUGCAGAAACUGCCUCCCAGACCUGAUCGCCUGACAUUUUAUUCCAGGAAUUUGGAGAUGAUAGGUGUGACUCCAGAGAAGUUUGAGAAUAAUAACCAGUUCUGGUGGGACCAGGUUCGCAAGUACUGGUCAUUACUCGGUGUAGAAAAGACUAGCAUACGGAAUGUCAUGGAUAUGAGUGCUAAUUAUGGUGGAUUUGCUAUGGCACUGAGCAAUGAUCCUGUCUGGAUCAUGAAUAUAGUACCCCAUACAACGGUCAACACAUUGCCAGUUAUCUAUGAUCGUGGGUUAAUUGGUUCUUACCAUGACUGGUGUGAGCCAUUCUCAACAUAUCCUCGGUCUUAUGACUUGCUACAUGCUUUCCAUCUAUUUUCUCAUUAUCAAGAUCGAACGGAUGGUUGCUCCAUGGAAGACAUCAUGCUAGAAAUAGAUCGCAUAAUUCGCCCACAGGGUUUUAUCAUUAUCAGAGACGAUGAUACCACUCACUCAAGAAUUAUUGACCUCGCACCAAAGUUCCUAUGGGAUGUCACCACUCAUAGUUUGGAAAACGAGGAAAACAGGCCAGAGCAGGUUUUGAUUUGCAGGAAAAAGUUUUGGGCUAUCGUUUGAGAAAUGCUUAUGCCUGGAGAUUUCAUCUUAUGUCCUGUCCUUCCCUGUCUCUCUGACACAAGACUUGGGUGUAGCAAAGUAUGAGAUGUUGCUCCAGUAUACCCAAUAUUCCAUCACCAGUUCUUUCCAGCUGAGGCUACCACAUUAUUGAAAAAGCAGAAGGCAUGACUGGGUGUUCUUUGUCGUAUGAUGUUGAUUUUUUUCUUAAUCUUGACAGGUCCGAUCGAUAGGUGCAAGAACAUCUCUAAUAGAUGAUGUAAAAUAGGGCAUCUGAAAACUGUUUUAGGGUACCAAUUUUUGGGUUUUAGGGCAUGAAAUUUGGGCACCUCUGUACCAGAUGUAAAAUAGGGCAGCAGCAAAAUUUCACAUGAUGUAAAAUAGGUCACUCAAACUUGCCUC